UACGAGGACAACGCCGACCGCGACGCGGCCAUGCGUGGCGUGGAGCGGUGGGGCGAUCCGAUGCUGGGCCGGCUGAGCAAGCAGAGCAAGCCGUCGGGGAAGCCAAAGUACUCUGGGCCGCCCGCGCCGCCCAACCGGUUCCACAUCCCGCCCGGCUACGAGUGGGACGGCGUCGACCGCUCCAACGGCUACGAGAAGCAGUUCUUCAAGGCGCAGGGCGAGGCGAGGGCGCGCUCCGAGCAGGCGCACAUGUGGGCUGUCGCUGACAUGUGA